CCAACGAUGAAGCUGCAGGUAACACUGGCACUCAUCUGUGUGCUUUUCCCAAAAGCGCUGGCACUGCAGUGUUAUCAGUGUAUACCAGGACUGUCUGGAACAUGCACAGACACCACGACGGAGUGUCCAGCUCAGUGUAUCAGCAGGGCCAUCACAGUGACGACUGGUGAUCAAGAACAUGAGGUAAGUUUAAAGGGCUGUGCAGCACCAGGGCAGUGUUUCAUUGGGAGUCUAAACCUGGGAUUUAGUAGAAUGACCUUCAGUUCGUAUUGCUGCAGCACUGAUCUCUGCAAUGCAUUUGAACAGCCAGAUUUUCAACCACCACCGCUUUGGAAGGAGUGCUACGUCUGUACUGAGAAAGACUGCAAAGGAACUCUGACAUGUGAACUUGGAAAUUACUGCAUCACGGCCACAGCUAUGUUGCAUGGUGCUCGAAUGACUUUGAAAGGCUGUGCAAGCAAACAUGUCUGUAGUGCCCCUGCAUCAAUCUUGAAGGAAGCUGGAAUCAUUGGCAAUGUCAGCUGCUGUUCAGGGAACCUGUGUAAUAGGGCUAAGGGCUUUUAUGAAAACCUGCAUAACAGUGCUAAACGCAUCAAACAGAGUCUCCUCAUCGUGGUCUCCUCAUGCAUCCUCUUCCAUUGAACUCUUUGCUGCUCAAGCAUUUUUCCACAUUUUUCCUUUCUAUAUUCCAAGACUAGCAAACCACAUAUAAACUUAAUUCAGAAACAGCUGGAACAGUGUG